AUGACCAAGACGCAGUGGCAGGCUAUCAGCGCGGCAAAGCAGCAGGCCCUGCUCGCCUCGAUUCCUCCGGAAUGGCUGAUCGAUGUCAGCAUGAUGCCGCCAGACUCUCAGCUGGACGUCGCAUCCUGGCCUGAAACCUCCGGAUGGUUCACCGCGGCAGAGCUCGCGAUCACCUCUUCUCCUGCCGCUGUCAUCGUCGAGAAGACUGCCUCAGGGUCGUGGACGGCAGAGUCGGUCGCUCGGGCGUUCUGCAAGAGGGCUGCGGCUGCCCACCAGCUUACAAACUGCCUGUCAGAGACACUGUUUCCUGAAGCCAUCAAGACUGCGCAGGCCCUUGAUAUCCAUCUCGCUGCCACUGGCAAGCCCGUGGGUCCUCUGCAUGGCCUUCCGAUAUCUAUCAAGGAUAACUUCAACAUCGCCGGCAAAGACUCUACAUUGGGCUUCACGGCCUGGGUCGGGCAGCCAGCGACGCAUAACAGUGUAUUGAUAGAUCUGCUGAAGGCAGCCGGUGCGGUGCUCUAUGUCAAGACAAACGUGCCCACGGCGAUGAUGAUUGCAGAGACCGUGAACAAUGUCUUCGGCCGGACAACGAACCCCUUUAACCGCCUUACUUCCUCCGGAGGCUCUUCAGGAGGCGAGUCGGCUUUGAUAGCGUUCCAGGGGAGCCCCCUUGGAGUCGGCACUGAUAUAGGUGGUUCCCUGCGUAUACCCGCUGCUCUCACGGGAAUCUUCACUCUCAAGCCUUCCGUUGGCCGUUUCCCUAACCUCAAGACCAAAUCUGGUCUCGCGGGACAGGAGUCCGUUACCAGUGUUAACGGGCCAAUGGCUCGGGAUCUACAGGCAAUCUCUCUCUGGGCUGAAGCAGUUGUCAAUUCUCAGCCGUGGAUCACCGACCCCAAAUGUCUUCCUAUCCCAUGGAGACAAGUCGAGCUCACGAAGAGCUUAAAAAUAGGUAUUAUGUGGAACGAUGGCAUGGUCAGGCCCACUCCACCGGUCAGGAGAGCUUUGAAAGAAACAGCAGAGAAGUUGAGGCUGGCAGGGCAUGAAGUUAUUGACUGGGAGCCCAUCGGCCAUGCUCAAGCUGCUGAUAUACUAGACCGCUUUUUCCUCUCUGAUGGUGGAAAGUCAGUUGAAAAACUACUUGCAAUGUCCGACGAACCUAUCCGUCCAGAGAUGGAACGGUAUGGCCGUGCAGUUGACCAUGGUGUAUAUAACUUAUGGCAACUCCAUCAGGAACGAAACAUCCUACAGAAGGACUACUUGGAUCGAUGGAAUGCAUUAGAACUCGAUGCUAUACUAACCCCAACGGCGCCGUUUGCUGCCGUCGAGCAUUCUAAAUUCAGACAUGUUGCUUAUACUGGUGUAUUCAAUAUUUUGGACUAUACCUGCAUAUCAUUCCCCUGUAAUGUGACCGUUGAUGAGGCGGUUGACGUAUCUGUACCUGGCGAAACGCCGCUGAGCAAGGAGGAUGCUUUGGUACAGAAUGAAUAUAACUCGAGUGUCAUUCACGGAAUGCCUGUUAGCCUUCAGCUAGUUGGGCGUCGUCUCGAGGAAGAAAAGGUCGUGAAGAUGUGUGAUGCCAUUUUACAAGCACUAUAG